AUGGUGACAGUAUUACUGUGGCAUGUGACAAUAGCAGUGCUCAGUUUAACAUUCGGUGUGACACGAAAGGUCGAUGGAGUGGGCAGGAAGUUUCUUGUCCCGUACCUACCCAAGCCCCUACACGAUGCACUAGUCCAUAUAUCCCAAAUUCCGGAAAAGUGCAGUGCCCCUUACGUUCCAAGAUAUGCAACUAUUAAAAACCUGCAACUGAAUUAUGAGUAUGGUGACGGCAUUUCUGUGGCAUGUGACAAUAGCAAUGCUCGGUUUAACCUUCAGUGUGACACGAAAGGUCGAUGGAGUGGGCAGGAAGUUUCUUGUCCCGUACCUACCCCAUCCCCUAUACGAUGCACUAGUCCAUACAUCCCAAAGUAUGCAUCAGCUGUAAACGUUCGUUUGGUCUACAGCAUCGGUGAGAGUGUAACAAUCACCUGUGACAGCAAUACAGACAGGUCGUUUACUCUUCAGUGCAACUCAGAUGGGUUUUGGGCGGGUAGUGUCCUUUCUUGCACACAGCCGAUCGAAGCUCCGGAGAAGUGCAGCGCCCCUUACGUUCCAAGAUAUGCAACCAUUAAAAACCUGCAACUGAAUUAUGACUAUGAUGACAGCAUUACUGUGACAUGUGACAGCAGCAAUGCUCAGUUUAUCCUUCAGUGUCGCAAGAAAGGUCAAUGGACAGGUCAGGUGGUGUCCUGUCCUAGACCUCCACAAUCUCCAUCUCAAUGCAGUGCUCCUGUUAUUCCAAGACAUUCUACCAUUGCAUUCUACCGAAUCACCUACAACUCAGGUGAUGACGUGAUUGUAACUUGUGAUGCAAGCAACGAUCGUUUUACCCUUCAUUGUAACAACAGUGGAACGUGGAGUGGACCGGAAAUGUCUUGUCGAGAACCAGUCAAACCUCCACCACUGUGCAGUGCACCUCAUAUUCCGAGAUAUUCCGAGAUUGAGAGUUAUCAAUUGAACUAUAAUUACGAUGACAGAGUGACAGUGACAUGUGACACGAACAGUGAUCAGUUCACUUUACGGUGUCAGGCAAGUGGAUUAUGGGAUGGCCCUGAUAUAUCCUGUGCAGCACCGACAUUGCCGAUAAUACCAGCUCCAUUUCCUCCAUCGCAUGCCUCCUGCAGUGCACCAGCAGUGCCUAUUGAUUCAACCAUUCAGAAUCUUCGUCUCUCAUACAAAAACGGUGACAGGAUGAACGUGACAUGUAACGUGGGUUCUGAUUGGUUCGACGUGUCAUGUGACGAUGGAAUAUGGAUAGGCCAAAACAUAGUUUGCCCUGACCCUCCCAAAGAAUGCAAUCCACCAAUCAUCCCCGUCGUCUCAUUCGUUGAAAAUGUUAAGCCUCGCUACAAGAUUGGUGACCAAGUCAACAUCACAUGUAACGACGACUCUGAUUGGUUCGCUUGGGACUGUCACACAGAUGGCUUGUGGCGAGGGAAUUCUGUCCAGUGCUCUACUGAUUGUCCACCAACCGGAGGAGGAAAACCUACAUUUCCAGAGCGCAUUGCAUAUUCUAGUAGUGAGCAAAAGGGAAGGGAUUACUUUAUCACCGGUCUUUUGGUUACAGCUGUCAUCUUAUUUAUCCUUGUUUUGAUGUGUAUGGCUGCGUUUGUUAUCUUCAUGAGAAACCGUGGCUAUGAUUUAGCAACAUCAUCGAAAGACACACUUCAAGAUGAGAAGGGAUCCAGAGGACCUCUUCCUGACGUCCCUGACGGUUAUGCCAAGUACAUUGGAGGUGACCAGUCACUCUAUGUCGAACCAUAUCUCAAAGAAAAUGGAGAUCCCAUUCGAAGCUAUGAAGUCUACGAAAAACCAAUUUGAAUAAAUUACUACCAGUUUUAGAUUCGGUGUGCACUUUAUUUAGGAAAACUCCACUCUCUUUUAUUGACCUUCUUUUAUACUUGUGUUGUUGUUUUAUGUUGUUGUUUAAUUGUUAUACAUUUUGAUUAAUAUUUCCUUCAAAUGUUAGAAGUUAUUUCACGCAGUCAUUCCCCAUUCCUUACUUAUUUACAUGUACAUUCAAUAUAUGAAAAUGGCAUACCAUUUAUCCCCUCUUCUUUUUUUUAUUAUUAUGCAUUCGUUGUUGUCUUGGAUCCACAACUGAAUCCACUGAUAAUUUAUUUUCUUUCUAAAAACAUGUCCAGGUUAAUAUAAAGUUGUACAAUAUUUAGUUAAUUGAUGGAUUUAAUAUCAAGGAAUCCAUCAAUACCAAAUGAGAUUGCCUUAAUGAAAAACAAAACAGAACAAUUGUUCAACUUCCAAUCCAUUUCACAGAAAUUCCUUUGGCUAGGCAUUUGUGUAUUUUUCACUAAAAAGAAACGACUAAAUUUAUUUUUUGCACCCCCUGAAAUUUGAUGUUUUUCGUUUUUGUUUCUUUGGUUUCCGUAACUCAAGAAUAAAAGAUGUAACAGUUAAAUGAACGUUUUGUUGAAUACUUUUAGUUAAAAGCUUUAAUAUGUCAUGUUCUCAAGAAACAUCAAUCAGGACGAAUAUAUAGUUUGUACAUGCUUAAUAAAAGGUACGGUUAAACGUCGUAAGGGUGAUAACUUUAUAAAUGAGUACCACACCUCGUUAGCUCCUUGUAUUCCCUUUGUGGAAAUGUAUGUAAAUUUAACUCAAUCAAAAUUGAAGAAGGAAAAAACAGUAUAAAAAUAUUGAAUAAGGUGACAAAUUAUUAUAAAAUUCAAGACGUUAUAUAUGUAUGAACGUGAUAUAUAUACAUACACAGAACCUAUUGGAA